AGAGUAAUCUGUUUUUUGUGUCAUCUACACUUCGGAGGGCGCACUACUAUGUCUUCUGAUUGCGGCUCGCUCGCGCCUCGAGGUGCGGGGUGAGGACGAACCGUUUGUGCUCAAAACGCGUGUAGCAGGCCAGCACAAUCGAAGGGCUGCCGACAGAAGCUCGCGCGAGGGGGUAGAGGUAGCCCCGAAGGCGCACACAGCGAGGCGUCGUGUGUGGCUGCGCGAUCGGUGACCAACCGCCGUGAGGAGCAAAGGAACGCAAUGGCCGCCGUAGACAAGCUCACGCGCCAGAUGCUGGCCGGCGAGCAGAUGAGCUCCGUGGCGGCUUUAGCGAGGGACGCGCCGGAGUGGGCGCGCGCCUUCGUCGACGCCGCGGAGCGCCGCGUCCGCGAGCUCGACGACGCGCUCGCGUCGGCGCGCGGCGACGUUGUUAAAUUAAGAGCGCGCGCGGAGCAGUUCGUGGCCGAGAACGAGCAGCUCCACGAGCGACUCGCGGCGGAAUUAGAAAGGGAGCCGGCGCAACCGCCUCCUGCUCCAUCAUCAAAUGACCGCUCGGUCAUUCAGGGCCCAUCCCAAGAACGCGCCAGAGAACUCGCGGAGCGCGUCGACAUCCUCAUGGCCGAGAACGCGCUCAUGGUCGAGCAGACGGCCGUGCUCCAGGCGGAAUUAGAUCGGUGCUCCACGGAUUUAGAUAGCAGGACGAAGGAGGCCGCGUCCUUCCGCGACGAGGCCGAGCGCGCCACGGAGAAGUGGCGCGCUUUGGAAGGUGGCGAGGGCCAGUGGCGCGAGGCGCGGCGACGUCUCGAAGAAAGAUAUGUGCAACAUUCGACGGACAUGGCGCAGGCCCAGGCGCAACUCGCCGAAUUGAAGGAGGGCCUGACGCAGUUACAUGCCCAGAACUCGACCCUAAGAGAGCAGCUCGACGAGAAGACGCGCACGUGCGCGGAUCUGACGGAUCGGCUCGAGGCCGACGGCGACGAGCUCUGGCAGCGCGUCCAGGCGGCCGGCGCGCGGGCGCGGGAACUCCAGACGUCCCUGGCUACACAAACCCAAAGAGGUGACCUCGAAGCGGAGAAGGCUCGGAGAGCGGAACGCGCUCUCGAGCAGGUAAGGGGAGACAACGCGGGCAUGCUGCGCGUCAUGAGCGGCAUGGAAAAACAACUGGCGUCGUACGCGCAGCGCGAGGAGGGCGUCGCGCAGAGCGGCCGGGACGCGAAGGAGAAGGCCGAGAACGCGUUGUUGGCUCGCGAUAAAGCCCAGGCGAAGUGCGACCAGGCGUUGCGCGAGCUCGAGCGCUUGCGGGCGGAGCGCGUCCAGGACGCGGAGACGUUCCAGAAGAGAUGUAGAGAGGCGGUGGACGUGGAGGCGCGACGGCUGCAGCAGGACCUGCGGCGGCGGGACCAGGAGAUCCGGGACCGCGACGAGCGGCACGCGGAGGCGCUGGCCAUCGCCGAGAGACAUGGGAGGGACCUGGCGCGGCUCAAGGCGGACGCGGACCGCGCGAACGCGGCCCUGAAGCACGUCCAGGCGGCGAACGACGCCGCCGCCGAGGGCCUGGAACGAAGGGCCGCCGACGCGGACCAGCGGGCCAACGACGCGGUGCGGCGCGCGCGGGACGCCGAGCGACAGCUGGCGAAGAGCGUCGAGCAGCGGGAGGCCGACCGCGAGGAGGCCGAGGCGAAAUUGGUCUCGGGCGUCGUGGGGGGCGACGGCGUCGGCCCGGCGGAGGCGAGAGAUACGGCGAUGCGUUACAGGGAAGCGCAGUCGUUGCUGGCGCAGCGGGAGCGGGAAUUGGCCAAGGUGCAUCGGGAGUUGGAGGCCGAGAAGCAGGGCCGCGCGCGCGACGCGGCGGACUUGAGGCGAGACGCCGACGCCGAGAAGCGGCGCCUCGAGGAGGCGCUCGACGCGCAGCGCCGGGCCGCGAGUGAUGCACACUUUCAGGUUCAGGCAGCGACGGAGCGCCACCGGGCGCAACUCGCCAAGGUCGCGGCGGACCGCGACGCCCACGCACGAGAUGCUGAUAAGCGGCUCCGCGACGAACACGAGACCGUCGCUCGGCUAGCCGCCUACGAGCGCGAGCUCGAAGUCAAGCUGGCUGCUGCGGCCGCGGACCUCGACGCGCAGCGCGAUUACAGCGCCCAGCUCGCGGACCGAUGCCAGGUGGCGGAACGGCGGGCGGCCGAGGCCGCGCUCGCGCUCUCGAAGUCGAUCGCCGAGCAGGACCUGUUGAUCAAGCGAUACGCGCGCCAGGGCGCGGGCGCGGCGGCGAAGGCCGUGAGCCCCCUGGGCGCGUUCAACGAGUGAAGUCUCCCCCGUGCCUAAGUACUUACGCUACUCCUACCUAGGCGGCUCGUUACACUGCCAUCGACACUUGCCCGGAAGCCAGUGGCAUCC